AUGCAAGUGUAAGCAGAGCCCGAAGUGUGAGGAUCAGCUUCCUUCCAGGCCCAUCUGCAUGCCCAGUAAGUAGCAGUUGCUCCAGCAGCUGGCCUGCCCCUCCAGGGUGAGCACUGGGCUCCGUAUAUAAGGGAAGGAGCAGCCUUUGCCUUUCAUCCCUCCGUUCCUUCCCUCGCUGGGCGGCACGACUCAUCCCGCACCUCCGCGAAUCCCGGCGCGAUGCCGCUCAAGAAACCCGACCCGAGGAAGGAAGCGGCCAAAGCAGCUCCCGGCCCGGAGCCUGCCUUCGAUCCCAAGAGCGUGAAGAUUGAAUUCACGGCAGAGCAGAUUGAAGAGUUCCGAGAAGCCUUCGGGCUGUUUGACCGGACGCCUGCGGGGACGAUGCAGAUCAGCUUCGGCCAGUGCGGGGACGUCCUGCGGGCCCUCGGCCACAACCCCACCAACGCCGAGGUCCUCAAGGUGCUGGGCAGGCCCAAACCAGAAGAAAUGAACACAAAGAUGCUGGACUUUGAGACCUUCCUGCCCAUCCUGCAGCACUUCACCCGCAACAAGGAGCAGGGCACCUUCGAGGACUUUGUGGAAGGGCUGCGUGUCUUUGACAAGGAGGGCAACGGGAUGGUGAUGGGGGCUGAGCUGCGCCAUGUGCUGGUCACGCUGGGAGAGAAGAUGACAGAAAGCGAGGUGGAGCAGCUCAUGGCAGGGCAGGAAGAUGCCAAUGGCUGUAUCAACUAUGAAGCUUUUGUCAAGCACAUCAUGUCUGGCUGAAAGGAGAAACUUCAGGCUCUCAGGAAUGCUUGAACCCAGCAAGAAGAGAAGAUUCCUCCAUGCAUGUCUUUUCCCUGGAUGUUUUGCCUAAGCCACCAUUGGCCACCACGUGUGUGUGCCUGUGCCUGGUACUCAGUGACAUAUCUGCAGCUAGGUUUUAAACCUCAAGUUACUCUUUUCAGGUUUUUCCUGUGACAUUUGUCUCAUUAAAUUUCAUUCCUUCCUCC